AUGUCUGAAGACGCUGCCCCCGCCCCGGCUGUUGCCACCCCCGAAAAGAAGGCUACCACCAAGAAGGCUGCCCCCAAGAAGCCCGCCGGCCCCAAGGCCCCCAAGAAGCCCUCGAGCCACCCCAAGUACAAUGAGAUGAUCGCCAAGGCUAUCACUACCCUCAAGGAACGCAACGGUUCCUCCCGCCAGGCCAUCCAGAAGUACAUCGCCGCCAACUUCAACGUCGGCAAGGACGAGAAGGCCAUCUCCGCCCACCUCCGAUUGGCUCUGAAGCGUGGCGUCACCUCGGGAGCCCUCAAGCAGGUCAAGGGAACCGGUGCGUCCGGAUCCUUCCGCGUUGCCGACAAGGCCGCCGCCGCCCCCAAGAGUUCUAUCAAGAAGCCCGCCGCCCCCAAGGCCAAGAAACCCGCGGCUGCCAAGAAGCCCGCUGCCACCCCCAAGGCUGCUGCCAAGCCCAAGGUCGCCAAGAAGCCCGCUGCAGCGAAGAAGGCCGCCCCCAAGAAGUAAAUUCUUCUCCGACACCUACUGUAAUUUGAGUAGUUCUAUCCGAUGAUCUCACCGUUCAUCUAUCAGAUCAUGCAUUAUUCAUCCUCACUCGUCAUCCUCAUCCGGCUCGGGGUUCGCUAGUUGGACCCUGGGCCGACCUCAUCCUUAUCCCAAAAACUUUCUCAUCUGUAAAUAUUUAUUAACGCCAGAGAGUUCAGAGUCAUUGUAUAUAUCAUGAGCAGAUGUAUAUAUUCGAACACACACGAAAACGUAUCGCUGUAUCGAAAAGGAGUAUACGUUGAGGAAAAAUAAAUUUGAAUAUCAUCAUUUACGAUAA